UAUAAAUACAAUACUCCCAUGGAGAUGAGAUGACACUAAGAGUAAAAACAUGGGUGCUUCACAAUCACAUGAGGACUCGAUACAUCCUCAAGACUCGAAACCGAACUUAGAAAACAAUAGGGUCGAGUUGAAAAACCCAGAAAGCAACAUCUCGGUUCGACCGAUGGAGAAAAAAAUGGACUUUGUUGAUUCAAAAUUAUCAAAAAAACCUGAGAAAACCCAAGUUCCAUAUAAUUACGAAACAAUAUUGAGAGAUGUCGAUUUGCCUAUCGAUACGUCCACUAUGGAUAAGUUGAUUUCUCAGCUCCAUUAUGGUGUUUUCUUGAACCAAAAGAGAAAGAAGUAUUGGAUUGAUAAGAACAACAAGAAUUGUUUCAUGUUAUUUGCAAGAGAUUUAUCAAUUACUUGGGCCGAAAACGACCAUCAUUGGCAUUGGUUUUCCCAAAAGGAAACAUCAACCAGUGAUGAUUCCAUUGAAGUUGCUGAGCUUCUAGCAGUUUGCUGGUUAGAACUGGUCGGAAAAUUCCCAGUAUCAAAGCUAUCACCUUCAACAUUAUACAAAGUUGUUUUCAUUGUCAUGUUAAGAGAAGCAGCUUUUGGAUGGGAAACUGCAAUAAAUUUGAAAUUAACACUUCCCAAUGGACAAAAAAUAGAACACAAAGAGACAUUGAUGAACAAGCCAAGAGAGAAAUGGAUUGAAAUCCCUGUUGGAGAAUUCAAAGCCUCAUUUGAUGAGCAAAAAACAAAAAAUAGUGGAGACUUAGAGAUUUACAUUCAUGAAUAUGAUGCUGGUGAAUGGAAGAGAGGACUUGUUGUUAAAGGAGUUGCUAUUAGGGCAAAAAAUUGAUGUUUAUCGGGUCGGACUUUACAUUGACGGUGUAUCAAAUACAAACUCUGUAGUUUGUGUGUU